GGAGCUUAAGAAUUAAAGUGGUGGUGGGGUAAAUGUACGUGGUGAAAGUAUAAAUAGGCUUAUCGAUGACGUUUUAUAGGCAGUGUAGACAAAUUGGAAGAGGAUAAACACUAUCUUCUUUGAAAGAUAAGGCUGUAGUAUUUUGAAUCUAGGCCUUGUGGGAAACACCAUUUUGAUCGUGUUUUUUCAACGGCCAUUUAGUAGUCACUUUAUACCUUAUACCAUUUUAUUACCUCAUAACUUACAAGAAUUUUAUUAUUACUGUGAUUCAAUUUUAAAAUAUGGAUGUCCAUGUGUAAAUGCAUAAUGGAAGCAUCCAAAAAUAAUACUGUUGCAACUUUUAGAAAAGAUAAAAAAGUAUUCAAAAUAAUAGUAGUUGGAGAUUCCAAUGUGGGUAAAACUUGUUUAACUUAUAGAUUUUGUGAAGGAAAAUAUCUUGAGAAACCAGAAGCUACAAUUGGUGUUGAUUUUCGAGAGAGGGUUGUCAACAUAGGAGGUGAAGAAAUAAAGUUGCAGCUAUGGGACACUGCCGGUCAAGAGCGCUUUCGCAAAUCCAUGGUCCACCAUUACUACAGGAAUGCUCAUGCUGUGGUCAUCGUUUAUGAUGUCACCAAACUAUCUACUUUUCAGAGUCUGCCAUUGUGGCUGGAGGAGUGUGAGAAGCACAACUUGACCAAUCAGGUGCCAAGGAUCCUGGUAGGCAACAAGUGCGACUGUAGGGAGUCUGUCGCCGUCAACACCAAUCUGGCUCAGCGCAUUGCCGACGCUCACAACAUGCCGUUGUUUGAAACAUCCGCCAUGUCCGAAAGCGAGGGAGGAACGAUUGAGGCGAUAUUUCUAACCCUGGCCCACAAACUAAUCAGACAGAGGCCGAUGAUGCCUGUUCCGAUGAUGGCAUCUCUCGAACUGAAUGAGAACCUCCACAGGGCAAAUGUUAUCUCCAUCACCAGAUCUCCCAAGCAAGCGGAUGAAGUAUCUGAGGCACCGUGCGGCUGCUAGUAUUUGUUAUAAACUGUGAUAAAUUAUGACAAUAUUGUCAAGAGGUUUUUUAAUACUUAAGUCUAAGUCUUGUUACUUUGCUCACUACUAGUUUUUAGUUACCGUAAUUGUGAAAGUGACGAUAGGUUUGCUAUUGGAAUAGGUUUUAAUCGUUUUAUAAAACGAACAACAAUUUUUUAAACUGUUAUACUU